GUGUGAGUGAGUGUGUGGGUGGGGACACACCAGGUCCCCCCUGGGUGUGAGCGCUGGGAACCAAUUGCGAAGUGCAGCGCUGUGGUGAGGUGGCUGCUUCUAGGGAGAGGCGCUCACUUCCCAGCGGCUCGUGUGUCCCGGUCUGUGAGGGAGCCAGAGGGACAGCAUGGCCAGUGAGGAGCUGAAUGGAGUGGCCCGUGGCCCCAACAAGGUGCUCACUCUCGAGUCCAUGAACCAACAGAUCAAGAAGGUGGAGUACGCAGUGAGGGGUCCCAUUGUGCUCCGGGCCAUGGAGAUCGAGAAAGAGCUGCAACAGGGUGUGAGCAAACCCUUCUCUGAGGUUAUCAAAGCGAAUAUCGGAGAUGCACAUGCCAUGGGACAGAAGCCAAUCACCUUCAUCCGACAGGUUCUCACUGUCUGUACAAAUCCAAACCUCCUCUGUGACCACAGUGUGCCUGAAGAUGUCAAAAGCAGAGCAAAGAGAAUUUUAAAUGCAUGUGGAGGGAAAUCUGUUGGUGCCUACACGGCCAGUCAAGGUCUGGAGUGUGUACGACAGACUGUGGCUAAAUACAUAGAGACUCGAGAUGGAGGAAUCCCUGCUGAUCCGAACAACAUCUUCCUCUCGACUGGAGCCAGUGAUGCCAUCGUGACCACUCUGAAACUCCUGGUAUCUGGCGAGGGGAGGUCAAGGACUGGAAUAAUGAUCCCCAUCCCACAGUACCCGCUCUAUUCGGCAGCGAUUGCAGAGCUGAAUGGAGUCCAGGUCAAUUACUACCUCGAUGAGGAGAACUGCUGGGCACUGAACAUCGAAGAGCUCCGAAGGGCACUCAAUGAAGCCAGGAGUUACUGCACCCCAAAAGUACUUUGUGCUAUUAACCCUGGAAACCCCACAGGCCAGGUCCAGAGCCGGCAGAUUAUAGAAGAUGUGAUUCGAUUUGCUGCUGAAGAGGGUCUUUUCCUGAUGGCAGACGAGGUCUAUCAGGACAAUGUCUACGCUGAGGGCUGUCAGUUCCAUUCCUUUAAGAAGGUUUUGUUUGAGAUGGGUCCGGAGUAUUCCAACACCGUUGAAUUGGCUUCGUUCCACUCCAUCUCCAAGGGUUAUAUGGGAGAGUGUGGUUACCGGGGGGGCUAUAUGGAACUCAUCAACCUGGAUCCUGAGGUCAGGAUGCAGUUAAUCAAACUGGUCUCAGUCCGUCUCUGCCCCCCGGUGUCAGGGCAGGCAGUGCUCGGGGUGAUCACAGACCCUCCACGGCCUGACGAACCCUCGUAUGACAGGUUCAUGAAAGAGAAGCGGAACGUGCUGAACUGUUUGGCAGAGAGGGCGCGGCUGACCGAGGAAAUAUUCAAUGACACUCCCGGAAUCCGGUGUAACCCAGUGCAAGGAGCAAUGUACUCAUUUCCCAGGAUUGCUAUCCCACCCAAAGCCAUUGAGGCAGCCGAGGCUGCAGGGCAGACCCCAGACAUGUUCUUCUGUAUGAAGCUGCUGGAGGAGACUGGCAUCUGUGUGGUUCCAGGGAGUGGCUUUGGACAGAAAGACGGCACUCAUCAUUUCAGGAUGACCAUCCUGCCCAAGACUGAGAAGCUGAAGGUGCUCCUAAGCAAGCUGAAGACAUUCUACCAGGAAUUCACCCAACAGUACUCCUAACCAUCAGGGUCUGUCCACAACUCCACGCACUGCGGGAGUGCACAGGGACAAACCUGUCCCGGUAUCAAAUGUAAUAGCAAUAGGAACGUACCUACAUACAGUGUACAUCUCAGCAAGGGGAGGGAGGGGGAGGGCGCAAUGCAAAUCAAUAAAACAAAUGAUCUGCCCUGGAACCAAUCAAACACGUCAUUAGGUGAAGGGAUCACGAAUGGGAGGGAAGGGACAGAUAUGACCAAGAAAACCAGCGAAGCUGAUUCUCUCUAAUGUUAACAAUGCAAUAAUCUGCAAGUGAGGAUGAAGUAAUUGGAACUCUGAUUUCCUCAUGGUCUGCAUCUCCACCAGGUGCAAUGUGCUGUGAUCCUCCUCGUUGUGGGGAUCACUCCCUCUGUGAACAAUCCCAUGUUGGACUUUACAUUAACAUUCUACAUCAGGACCUAGGAAAUUGCAGAAUUAAAUAUUAAUUGUUGUUGAGGAUUUUCGCCGGUACUGUCCAAAGUUACCACUUUUAAGCAAUGAGUCAGACUUGGGUUAAAAGCUCGGAGUUCAGACACGGCCAAUCCUCAACAAAGGGGUGGGAGCAAGACACAGGCCUCAGUGCCAGAGGAUUAGAGCCAGGAUUUCUGAUCCUGAGCCCGGAGAACCAGCAGCAUGCCUGUCCAAGCACCUGUCGGUGUUCCUGUCGGAGUGCCAAUAGGUGUUCUCGUCGGUGUUCCCGGCGAUGUUCCUGUCAGAGCAGCUGUAGGUGUUCCUGGUGGCAUUCCUGGUGGAGUGCCUGUAGGUGUUCCCGUCGGUGUUCCCGUCGGAGUGCCAAUAGGUUUUUCUGUUGGUGUUCCCGUCAGAGUGCCAAUAGGUGUUCCCGUCGGAGUGCCUGUCGGUGUUCCCGUCAGAGUGCCAAUAGGUGUUCCCGUCGGAGUGCCUGUUGGUGUUCCUGUCAGAGCAGCUGUAGGUGUUCCUGGUGGCAUUCCUGGCGGAGUGCCUGUAGGUGUUCCCGUCGGUGUUCCCGGGUGAAGGGUGAGAAGCUGCUGAUAUUCCAGUUGUUCCACUGAGUGACAUUAACAGCCAACCUUCUGACUGUGGCGGUACUCGGAACACAAGAUGGACACAAAACAAAUGCAGCUAACCUUCUGUAAUUCCCAAGAGCAGUGGGUCAGUCAGUCAGUCAGUAUCCUAACGUGAAGCCUCCCAGUUAGCGACUCACCUUCGGGUAGUAUGGAGCACAGCUCCCUUGGGUAGUUCUGCUCCUUGAUUGGGUUGGGUGUGGGCUGGGCACAUUCCCGUGACAUGUUUGAUGCAGAAGGGGAACACAUGAACUGGCGACCUCCCCUUGAUCUGAAAGUCUACAACAGUACGGGAGACACGAGGGGAGCUAAUAUAACAACCAACUCCAAACCUACGGGACCAGUCUGGAGUCUAACUGACCCAUUCCUGACCAAGAUCCACAGCUCACAGCCUGCAUCACAUCAUGGUCUGGGGCCACAUCUUGGGUCAUGCCCCAGGUCAGAGGUCAUGGAUGCCAUAUGGGAGAGUUGGUCUUAUGAUGAGUUUUGCUAAGGAGGAUGUUGAUUGUCUGUGAGACAUGCUGUGACCCCGAAUGAACCAAUGGAUUAAUCCUGAACACCAUCAUUCUUCAUGAAGCCUUUAUUUUCAGGUGUAUCUAUUAGGUUUAAGGAUCAAUCCCUGAGUGCCUUGGCUAAGUUCUGUUUUCUCUCUCUGUUGGUUGUGAACAGUGAGCAGCGACAGCAGUAUUUGUGGUGGGAUUUCCAAAAUGGAGCUGUUUAACUUGAAUUGGCUUUGUUGUCUCACACGAUAAUCAUUAGAGACAUGAUCCAAGGAGAGUUCAUUUAGUCUGAAAGCAAGAGGCAGCGCUGCUGUUAGCCCAAAAUAAAAGCAGAGUGUGCUGGAGCAACUCCAGUCAGGAGAGUGGAGGGCAACGAGUGUUCCCAAUCACUGCUCAAACACUGUCCUGUACCAAGUACAUUCGGGGCUGUAUUGUGUCCACACAGAGCAGUCUUAGCCAUUUCUGGGGCCAGUUUUCACUCCUGUCUCUGGGAGGCUUGGUGCAAUAGGCGUGUAGUUUCAAAAUCACUGUCACAUCAGCAUGACUCGGCUGAAUUUAAUCUUAAACUACCUUCUAAUUGCAAGGAUCACUUUUCAAUUAGGUGUUUUAUAUUCCUGCCUCACCUUCAGCUAUUUGAUAUUGGUUCCUGAUGUUUUUGGGAACUUGUAUUAAGUGUUUUCAUUGUUGUGGUGGGUCAACAGCUCGAGAGAGAGAGAGAGAGAGCUGAUUUUUUUGUUAGAAUGCUCAGAGUGUGGAGGGUCAGAAGGAUUGGAAGAUCUUGCUUCGCAGUUCUCUGUCCUGUACUUGUUUUGAAAAUAAAGACUUUUAACUCAAGUUA